GUUUUUGGAGAGAUUGCAGAAGGGCUGGACACAUUGAAUAGGAUAAAUGAAGCUUAUGUGGAUGAGAAGGGCAGGCCAUUUAAAAAUAUCCGAAUCAAACACACUUACAUAUUGGACGAUCCUUUCGACGAUCCUGCCCAGCUAAGCGACUUGAUUCCAGAUGCCUCACCUGAAGGGAAGCCAAAAGAUGAGGUUGAAGAUGAUGUGCGACUAGAAGAUGAUUGGGUGCCAAUGGAUGAGCAACUGGGUAUACAAGAACUCGAGGAGGUUCUGCAUGCAAAAGAAGCACAUUCCCGAGCAGUAGUACUUGAAAGUGUAGGAGACAUUCCUGAUGCUGAGAUAAAGCCUCCUGACAAUGUGCUGUUUGUUUGUAAAUUAAAUCCAGUUACUGAAGAUGAAGACCUGUAUACAAUCUUCUCACGCUUUGGAACUGUGACAUCUGCUGAAAUUAUUAGGGACUUCAAGACUGGGGAUAGUCUCUGCUAUGCUUUCAUUGGUAAGUUUAAGAUUCCAUAAAAAAAUUGUGAGGUA